AUGGGAUCUUGUUUUUCAAAAUCGGAUAAGGAGCCAGUUGGUAGUAAGCGUUCAACAGGCAAUAAUAGGUUCUCUCGUAAUGAACAAAAGUUAGGAGGUAAUACUGAGUCGGAUACAGCUGGAAACGGGAACCAAAUAAUAAACGAAAAAUAUAAAAAUAACACUAAUAGAAAUGUACAAGGGUCAAAUACUCGGAGUCAUGGCAAAACAUUAGGUGGAGAGGAAACUAAUGAAAAGAACCCCAAUACCAAAGAAGCAGCAGCAAAGGCUGCUGAAUUGAGAUACAACAAACAAAGACAACUGUUGAAAGAAAGUCAAGAUAAGUUGAAGACCAUGUCAAAGAAGUCGAAACUAGAAAAGGGCUUACAGAGUUAA